UUUGAUACCAGUGAUCGAGUAAAAGGUGCCCUCACAACACUGACAAAAAACUUAGAGAUGAAAGUCCUCGCAGUUCUACUGUUUCUCUCCGUAACUCUUUGUUUCACAACAAGCGCAUCAGCUUUGCCAAGGAGUUCCAAACGAGAUCCUCGUGGGAUACUUGAAAACAUCGAAAAUGCGUUUGGCAACCCGUGCCCCAAUGGUUGGACACGCUUUAACAACUACUGUUAUCUGGUGAGCACCACCUCUACUUAUUCUUGGUCCCAAGCUCAAGCGCAUUGUCGCUCGCUAAGUGCAGAUCUGGUUAAGAUAAACAGUGCUGAAGAAAACGAGUUUGUCUUGAGUCUCGUCAGGAAAUUGGCUCCGUCUCUGAAGCAAAUCUGGAUCGGAUUGAAGUGGAAUACAAACGGAUUUUACUGGAUUGAUCUUUCAGUUCCGGUUUACAAGAGUUGGGCCCCUCAGCAUCCGAAUGGCAACGCAAACGAACCAUGCGUUCAAAUGUGGAUUAAUAAUGGACAACAUCUGCCCAAGUACGCAUCAGGCUACUGGAAUGAUAUAGAUUGUCAUUACCGGUCAGAUUUCCCAAACGGAAUUGUCUGCAAGAAACUGCCUUAAAUGACAAUUUAUCCCAUUAACAAAGUCUUAAGACUGUGUGACUGAUUGAUUGAGUAUAAGUGAUUGGGUGACCGAGUGACUGACUGACUUACUGACUGGCUGACUGGCUGACUGGCUGACUGGCUGACUGGCUGACUGGCUGACUGGCUGACUGGCUGACUGGCUGACUGGCUGACUGGCUGACUGGCUGACUGGCUGACUGGCUGACUGGCUGACUUACUUACUGGCUGCCUGACUGAUUUACUUACUGACUGACUUAUCAUGACUAGUUGACUUCAGUACUAGAAUGAUCUAAUGACGCCAAGACUGUAUUACCUAUCGACACUGAAGCACUGAGUGACGAGCGCAACUGACUCACUAACUGCAUGACUGCCUGAUUGAAAAAAGUUCUUAUUAACAAUUUGAGUAUUUAGUAGUCUUACGCCUUUCAAGUGGAAAAUAAAUGACAGC